AGCUGUCUGACAGCAGGGAGCGCAUGCAUUCGUUUACUGUUGCGUUGCCACCCACAUCAACAGGAGCGAUUUUAGAAGCCAUUAAUGUUGUGGUUGUCCUUGAGGAGGAGUCUUGCGAUAAUAAAUGUAAUUUCCGGACGAUUGGUAAGCAGGUUAUAUCACAGGCAGAAGACAGCUUUUCGCGAACUUCUGCGCAAAAUCCUCAGGAAUAAAAGGUUUUGUCCUGAUUAAACAUGAAGAUUGCUGUGCUUGGAGCGACUGGUCAAACCGGACAGCACCUGGUGAAUCAAGCUCUUCAGCAAGGACACUCCGUCACAGCUGUCGUCAGAAACCCGGGAAAACUGACGAUAACACAUGAGAACCUCAAGGUGGUUGAAGGAGAUAUUUUUUCAGAAGACAGCCUGAAACCGCAUUUCAAAGGCCAGGAUGCUGUGUUGUCCUGUCUUGGCUUUCCAAUCUCAUUUUAUUAUGGAGUCACUGGCUACACCCAGUCUAUGAAGGCAGCAUUAAAUGCUAUGCGUGAUGUCAAAGUGAAUCGAAUCAUCACCAUGACCUCAUGGUACACUGACCCUAAUUCAGGCACCAAUUCCUCCUUUCUUAUCCGCUUCAUGUUGCUUCCCAUGAUUAGAAGCGUUCUGAACAACAUGUAUGAAAUGGAAAACUUUCUUAAGCAGACUGAUGACAUCAACUGGACUGUUGUCCGGCCCCCUGGCCUCAAGAAUACACCAACAACAGCCAACGAGUUCCUCACUCAUGAAGGUUAUUAUGUCCCUGAUGAAAAUGGUAUGCCAAUUGGCCCGUCUGUGUCAAGAGGAGAUGUGGCUCGUUUCAUGCUCUCUCUGCUCAAUAACAAUGCUUGGAUGAAGAAAGCUGUUGCUAUCAUCACAAAAUGAGUUUGCACUUUGCUUAUAAUUACAUUUAUUUCACUUGCCAAAAAAGAGCUUCUAAUAGUUUCAUUCAAAUGGGUAAAAUAUUUAGCAUUUUUAACUUACUUAUUCAGCAGUUCUGGCUUUAGGCCUAUGUCACACACAGCAGCUAGCAAAGACUAACAAAUGAUCUCCUUUUUCUUGUGUGUGUGUAUAUAUAUGUGUGUGUGUGUGUGUGUGUGUGUGUGUGUUUGCUGCAUAGUUUAAUUUUAAAAAGGGUUUUUUUAAUGCCAAAGAAAGGUUGGCAGAAUUACAAGAAAAUGUAAUUCAUAAAACCUUGCAGAAAAUGUGUUGCCCAACGUUUGGGACAUUUUGUGAUGUAAAUUGGAUUUGACAUAAAAUUACAGGGGUAAAAAUGGAGAGCAAAGAAAUGACAAUUUGCUGCACUCUUGCCUUCUCAAACAUACUGUAUAUGAAUUGUGAAAUUAAAUAUUAAAUAUUUUUUAUCAAGGUGACUUCUUGAUAAAAAAUAUGGCUUUUCACAUUUAAUUUCACAAUGCAUUUCUUUGCUCUCCAUUUUUAUUCAUUUAUAAUCAUUAUUAGUCUAGAAUUUCAAGCAUUUAUGUGCAUUUGUUUAUGAUUUACUGUGUAGCACAAAACACAUCAAUCCCUAUCACUUAAUAUUUUAAGCCAAUUUUGAAAACCCAAACAAUGAUUAAAACUGAGCUGUUGUAAUGUCAUUUUCUCAUUAAGAUUUCCAUAAUACUUUAAAACACCAUUAUAUAAAAAUAAAAAUUAAACACAUAUUGGAAUGGUAUAUUAAAUCCAUGUUUUGCAUUAGGCAAAAUUCAGUUCUUAACUUUCUGAUCUAUAAUCCUGUCUAACCCUGUAUUUUGCAUGUACUUUAGAAGGUCUAUUGUUACUAAUUUUUGUAUUUUUUUUUACUUUAUUGUUUUGCAUAUUUUAUGUUCAUUAAUGUAUUCCAUUUUUCUUGAUUUUAUACAGUACACAUACAGAUUUUACAGUUUCAUACAGAUUUUAUUCAGCUACACUAUAUGAAUACUUGGAUGCUCAGGUUUGAACGUUAAAUGGUACAUAUGUUAUUCAACAUAUAGUAGUAAGUGAUUUAAUACUUUUCAUCUAUGUAUGAAAAUGUUAAUGUAUCUGGUUUAGACAAAAUAAACACUAAUACACUGUAAAAAUUA